AUGGGUAGGAUUAUCGGGGUUUCAAACGCGAUGUGGUCGCGUAUAGGACCCCGGGUGAAAGUUCAAGAUGCGGGGAACGGAACUUUUCUCUUCAAGAUGCCGAACCGAAGAUCCAGAGAUUUGGCCUUAAGUCGGAAAAUCUGGCAUGUAGGGUCUGCACCUAUGUUUAUUUCUGCCUGGAGCCCAUACCACACCACAACAAAGCCGACCCUCACUUCUAUAGCAACUUGGGUCUCGUUUCGUAAUCUUCCCCAUCAGGCUUUCAGCACUGAUAGUCUUAGUAGAAUUGCCACCACAGUCGGCACUCCUAUGUACCCUGACAGAUUGACUAAGACGAAGGAAUAUGUCGAAGUGGCAAGGAUAUACAUUGAUGUCAACCUCAGAGUUACUCCGCCGAGGAAUAUCAUGAUUACCCUGCCGGAUGGGCAAAAUCAUCUCAUUGAUAUUGCAUAUGAUUGGUUGCCGCCAAGAUGUAGCAAUUGUUCGGAAAUAGGACACAGUCAGCUUCACUGUCCUCUAUCGACGCCAAUAAUUCAACCGACAACUACAGAGGAAGCAAGCUCCAAGGGUAUCAGUCAACCGUCGCCGAGUAAUAAGGAGGCUGAAUCAGUUCAGCCUAGCAUCAAACCUCAGGAAAUAGUAGGCUCUCCUGCUACAAGCUCUCCUCAGAAUCAGGACCAGGUUACACCGGUUAACACUACAGUUCAGAAUCAGGCUGCUUCACAUCGAAAAGCGACAAAGAACCAGAAAAACCAGAGGAAAGAGAAAGCAGAACAAGUACUUGGGGAUUUUAACCAAUGCCUCACCCUAGAAGAACGAUCAAAUGGUUUUCAGCAACCUGGACAACAAAGCGGAAUGAAUGAUUUGCAGGAUUGCCUGCUCGAGGCUAAGAUCUCUGAUAUGCCAGCCCGAGGGUCCUCGUUUACAUGGUGCAACAAUCACCUAGAAAAUCCGCGUUCUGUGAAGCUGGACAGAGCAUUAACCAACCAAGCUUGGAAACUGGUUUUUCCAAGUUCAUAUGCUGAAUUUACAGCACCGGGGCAUUCAGACCACACACCUUGUAUCAUCCACCUUCCGGAUAAUCACCGAGAGAUUGUGUCCAGGCAUUGGAUAGCAACCGACAUCGAAGCGAGCCCACAAUUCCAACUAUGUAGAUCCUUGAAGCUUCUAAAGAAACCACUCCGACACCUAAAUCAGGACAGAUUCUCACAACUGUCCAAAAGGGUAAAAGAAGCAGAAGUAUUGUUGAAAAGAGUACAGACAAACAUUUUCAAUGCUCCCACCACAGAUUUAUUGGCUGAGGAAAAGAUACAGCGCCAAAAAUACAUGUUGUUAGUAGCAGCCGAGGAAAGGUUUUAUCGCCAAAGAUCGAGAAUUAGGUGGCUAAGAUUGGGGGACAAGAACACAGCCUAUUUCCACCACAUUGUUGUGACAAGGGCUGCAAAGAACCACAUUCAUUUUCUAAUCAAUGCGCAGGGGAGCCGACUAAGUAAAGCGGAAGAAAUAAAAGAACAUGCGGUGCAGUUUUACUCUGACUUGAUGGGCAGACGAGAUAAUGAUAUACGGUUGCCGACACUAGACUGGCUGCAUGACUUGAUACCUUAUAGAUGGACAAAUGAUCAAGGAACAUUGUUGGAUGCCAUACCCACGGAUGAAGACAUAAAGAACGCCUUUUUCUCAUUACCGGAUAACAAAGCGCCGGGUCCGGAUGGUUAUCCGAAAGAGUUCUACACCAAAAGCUGGCAAUUAGUGGGAGGAGAUGUAACAAGGGCCAUUAAAGAUUUCUUUCUCACCGGAAAGCUUCUUGGCCAAAUAAACGCCACGACAUUAGCUCUGAUCCCGAAGAAACAAGAGGCAACAAAGCUUACAGAGUUUCGACCGAUAAGUUGUUGCAACACACUUUAUAAGGUUAUCUCAUCUAUUCUAGCAAGGAGAAUCAGGGCAGUAGCAAUGGAGAUGGUAUCCCGUAAUCAAAAUGCUUUCGUGAAAGGAAGAUUAAUGAUAGAAAACAUCUUGCUUGCAUCGGAGAUCAUAAGGGAAUAUAACAGAGCAUCGACAAGGAAAAGUGCUAUGUUCAAGGUAGAUAUUCGGAAAGCUUUUGACUCAUUGGAUUGGACCAUCAUCAUCAGGUUAUUGCAAGCAAUAAAUCUGCCCCAUAAAUUCAUUUCAUGGAUUUCAACCUGUAUUACAACACCAAAGUUUUCAGUGGCUAUAAACGGGGAGCUUACGGGUUAUUUUAAGGGACGUAAAGGCUUACGACAAGGAGAUCCAUUGUCUCUCUACCUAUUCAUUAUGAUGAUGGAAGUGCUCUCUCGGCUUCUGGAUAGAUCAGCAGUUGAAGGUACAUUAAAGCCACAUGACAAAUGUGAAAACCCCUUGAUUAUUCACUUAUCAUUCGCCGAUGACAUCAUGAUCUUCUCUCAUGGAGAGAGGAGCUCACUCCGGGAAAUAAGAAGCAUUAUGAAGACCUUCUCGGAGAUCUCGGGACUGCACAUAAACCUCGAAAAAUCUGAACUAUAUCUGGCUGGAAUGACCGAGGGAGAGAAAAGAACUAUAUCCUCCAACCUUGGUAUUGGUCUUGGGUGCUUGCCCGUGAGAUAUCUCGGUGUCCCUUUGAGCCCAACCAGACUCUCGAAAUCAGAUUUUCAGCCUCUGCUCCAGAGGAUACGGGCAAAGCUUUCGGGAUGGACAACCAAGUUCCUUUCAAAAGCAGGGAAAAUUCAACUUGUGACUACAGUUAUCUUUGGGAUGGUAAACUCAUGGGGUAUGACGUUUGUACUCCCAAAGUUCCUUAUUACGGAAAUUGACAGCAUGUGCUCCAGGUUCAUAUGGCAGAACUCUUCCGACAAAACACCUAGUCACCGCAUUGCUUGGCACACUAUAUGCAAGCCGAGGAGGGAGGGCGGUUUGGGUGUCCGAAGAUUGGACGAGCAAAACAAUGUCUUCCGAUUGAAACUAGUAUGGUUGUUACUCAGUAAAGCGGGAUCUUUGUGGGUGGCUUGGGUCAAGGCGUAUGUGUUCAAAGGUGGUACAUAUUGGGAGUGUGGUAUGAAAGCAAAUGCGACAUGGAACAUGAGGAAGUUGUUGGGGCUGAAGGACCAAGUAAGACAAUUCUCUAAGAUGAAUAUUGGUAAUGGUGAAUCUUCUUCCUUUUGGUUUGACAGUUGGCUGGAAGUCGGUCCUCUUAUUCAUUUCAUCGGAACGACGGGCCCAAGAUUGCUUAGACUGCCAAAAUCAGCAAGAGUAAGGGAUGCAACGAGAAACGGACAAUGGUACCUCCCGGGAGCAAGGAAUGACAAGAUUCAAGAGCUGCAAAUUAUUCUUUCAGCAUCAAAUCCGCUGAGGCCUGAUAAGGGGCCGGAUACUCCAACUUGGCGAGUCAAAGAAGGCGAGUAUCAACCCACAUUCACUGCCCGAAGAACCUGGGAACAAGUGCGAAAUCGAGCUCCUGAGGCUACUUGGCACAAGAAAACUCAAGGGGAUAGAGCAACUUCUCAUCUCGGAUCCGGCAGACUGCAUUCGGUGGUUACACCAACCGUUGCCUAUGAGUACAAAAAUUGGGAAGGUGAUCAAGAGGCAUCUCAUACAACUUAUUGUGUACGAGCUUUGGAAAGAACGGAAUAG